GAAACUGAACACCACAAGCGACGGCGGCGCGCAGCGGGCGGAGGCGCAGUGACUGUGGUGGUGACGUCGGAGGAGGAGGUACACUCGUGACGUCGUGCCAGGCAGGAGCCCGAGAACCGGCGAGCUGAGAACUUCUCGGCCAUCAGGUCCGCGGCAGCUCGGUGGUCGUGGUCAUUGAUCUCUGCAUUAAUCGCUCCCCGUAAACAAAACAGGAUGUAUCAUCGUCUUCUGCUGCCGCUGCUACUGUCGCUGUCGCUGUGCCGCGCCGAGCUGUUCACGGCGCUGGUCGACAUGGAGCACCUGGCCUACACGGAGCGGGAGCUGAUUGGCAUGCUGGACCGCGUCAUCCAGGCUGAGGAGCGCAAGAUCCAGACUCUGAAGAAGUACAUGGAGGCGUACGAGCGCGUCAACCGCGAGCUGGUGGAGAACACCGAGGCGUUCCUGCACAACCCGGUGAACGCGUACCUGGUGGUCAAACGCCUCACCGCCGACUGGAAGAAGGUCGAGGGCGUCAUCACGGAGAACGUCGGCGCCCAGUUUGUGGAGAACAUCACGCAAGUGUCGGACCAUCUCCGAAUCCCCGACGACGAGGACCUGACCGGCGCGGCUAUGGCUUUGAUCCGCCUCCAGGAUACGUACCGGCUCAACACGGCCGACAUCGCCAGCGGUGACAUCCGGGGCUCGCGGCUGAAGCGGCAGCUCACCGCCGGCGACUGCUUCGAGCUGGGACGUCAGAGCUACAACAACGCCGACUUCAAACACACCGCCCUCUGGAUGGAGGAGGCCUGGAAGAUCUGGCGCCAGGAGCAGGAGCGCACGGCGCCGCUGGGCGACAUCCUGGAGUACCUGGCCUUCAGCAUCUACAAGAUGGGCGACAUCCAGCGCGCUCUCAGUCUGACCAACCAGCUGCUGGACGAGGAGCCCGGCCACCCGCGAGGUGUCGGCAACAAGGCCUACUACGAGCAGGAGCUGUCUAAGGCGAACGAGGUCAAGCGGCAGAGGAAGGGGGAGACCGGGCGAGCCCGAGGACCUGGAGCAGAACAUCGCCAAGGGGUACACGGUGUCGGACGCCGGCGCCGGGUCGGCUCGGCUCCCCGAGCGGGACGUGUACGAGGCCAUGUGUCGCUCGGAGGUGACGCUGUCGCCGCAGAAGAGCAGGCACCUCAAGUGCUACUACGCGCACAACAACGCGCCGUUCCUGCUGCUGCAGCCGAUCCCAGCUGAGACCUGUACCUGAAGCCGCACCUCAUCAUGUACCACAACGUGAUGUACGACUCAGAGAUCGCUGCCAUCAAGGAGCUCGCCCAGCCCCGGCUGGCCCGCGCCACAGUCCAGAACUCCAAGACUGGCCAGCUGGAGACAGCCAGCUACCGCAUCAGCAAGUCGGCCUGGCUCAAGUCCGG